ACAAAACCAGGAUCCUGAGGCCUCUGUAAGUGCCGGGACCGGAACCAACCACGCAGAGCGACUAAGGACGGGGCAAGAGCCGAGAGAACCCGCUGCCGUCCGUUGAACUCCCACCACCCAGACAGCGCGCUUCCGCGAUUGCGCACGCGCGCUGCGCACCACGCCCCGGAAGAGUUCCUAGGCCCGUGACGGUGACCCGGAAGCAGCCCCCGGUGUCGGGGCAGGAGGGACGCGCGCGGCUGAGGUGAGGUCGCUCAGCGCAGCUGUUGCGGGGCCAUGGCGGGGACGGCGCUGAAGAGACUGAUGGCCGAGUACAAACAAUUAACACUGAAUCCUCCAGAAGGAAUUGUAGCAGGCCCCAUGAAUGAAGAGAAUUUUUUUGAAUGGGAGGCAUUGAUCAUGGGCCCAGAAGACACCUGCUUUGAGUUUGGCGUUUUUCCUGCCAUCCUGAGUUUCCCACUUGAUUACCCGUUAAGUCCCCCAAAGAUGAGAUUUACCUGUGAGAUGUUUCAUCCCAACAUGUCACCUAUGGGACCCCCACCUGGAGAAGGCGAUGCAGAAGUGGGAAACUUCCAAAUUUUGUGGAUGUGGAUCUUAGGUGGACAGCCUGAUGUGCAGGUCUACCCUGAUGGGAGAGUCUGCAUUUCCAUCCUCCACGCGCCAGGCGACGACCCCAUGGGCUACGAGAGCAGUGCAGAGCGGUGGAGUCCCGUGCAGAGCGUGGAGAAGAUCCUUCUGUCGGUGGUGAGCAUGCUGGCAGAGCCCAAUGACGAAAGUGGAGCUAACGUGGAUGCGUCCAAAAUGUGGCGCGAUGACCGGGAGCAGUUCUAUAAGAUUGCCAAGCAGAUCGUCCAGAAGUCUCUGGGACUCUGAGGCCUCGCCUCGCACAGGCGCACGCACCGCCAACCAGCUCAGCGUUCUCCGAGCACUUAAUGACAGUGCUACUCUGUGCUGGCACCAAACAAGCAGACUUGCAAGAACCACAGUAUCUUUUUUUUUUUUUUUAAACCUUUCCAACUUCAAACAGGCUUCUCUUCUGAAGUGAUGACUCAAUGUCGAAUAUUGACAGCUUACUGCAGUUUUACAGUAUUCCUCACAAAGGGCUUCAGGUAGAUUAUCAGAGCUGUCAGCACUACCUCUCCCCGCUGAAACCAGCAGUUCAUGGCUCCCUGUGGAUUCCCUCCCUCCCUGGAGUGUUGAGGGGGUCGCACCUGCCAGACUUCCAGGGGACGAUGGAAUACCCAGAACGCUCCUUCUGAAGAAAUGGGGCCCUGGAGCUACAGCACAGGGGAAGAGCCCGGCACCCUUUCUGGGUCCCUUCUGGUUCCCUGUGGGCUCCAUGAAGAGUCCAUUACUUCCUUUCUUCCUUCACAUUCUACAGGCAGAUGCUUUUCUUAUAAUCUAAUUACAUCUUUUUCAUUUGUUAUGUAUUACAAACCAUCACACUUAGAAAUACUUCCAGGAAAUGCGUUAAGUGUGAAUUAAUAAGAAAUGGGGUAGAUAGAAAAGAAAUUUAUCGUUGAUUGGCUGGGCGCGGUGGUUCGUGCCUGAAAUCCCAGCACUUUGGGAGGCCAAGGCAGGUGGAUCAUGAGGUCAGGAGAUUGAGACCAUCCUGGCUGACACGGUGAAACCCCAUGUCUACUAAAAUUACAAAAAAUUAGCUGGGCGUAGUGGCGUGCGCCUAUAGUCUCAGCUACUCAGGAGGCUGAGGCAGGAGAAUUGCUUAACCCGGGAGGCAGAGGUAGCAGUGAGCCGAGGUCGCGCCACUGCACUCCAGUCUGGCCAAAAGAGUGAGACUCAGUCUCAAAAAAAAAAAAAAAAA